GGAGGCGGAGAAUCAGUCAGCUCGCUGUGGAGCUGUGUCGGGCGGCAGGAGGAGCCGACCGCCGGCAAGAAAGACCGAAUCAAAGAAAGACCCGGACGAUACCCUGAUGCUCAAGACUAGGAUUUAAACAGCGACGAAAACAGGAGGGUUGUAUAUAAAAAGGUUUGGUUUGAAUGCGGAAUUAAGGGAGCCUGAAAGAAGCUACACCCCCCCUAAAGAAAAAAGAGAAUACUGCGAGAGAGGAAAGGAGAUGGAUUCAGACUGUUAUUGCAGAGAGUGACUUUGCACUGGCAGCCUCAUCCAUGUUAAUGUAAUGGAAACGUGCUUUUGGUCCACAGCAUCUGAAAUGCAUCAGUGGAAAUAUAUCAGGAACCCCCAUGGCUAAUCAUUUCGGGUGGUGCUGGCUUUGGUUUGCCUCUCAAGAGCCGGGUGCCCUGCCCUUCCCAGCCCAGCGUCAUGCUAAGACAACAUAUGGACAAUAACAAGAAGCGCUCAGUUCAACCAGUAGGGAAGCUGUGGAAAAAGUUGGUGGAAAAUCUACAGUUUGAGUGUUUUCUUUUUAUUUCAAUCUAGAUCAUCUCUUAACAUAUUCCAGCCGUUCAAAGGAAGGCUUGUUUGCUGUGUUCAGCUUCAAAUCAAGUGACGGUAAGAUUUCAGGGGACAAAGUUUGCUGCUUAGAAAAUGGAUUUUCACAUUUUUGGCUUCUGUUGAAAUUCAAAAUGCAUGGGGAAAAAUAAAAGGACCCCUAUGCUCAGGAGGAAGAGGUGGAACAGCAGCAUUACUUCAAAAUGGCUCAGACCAGCUUGCUGCAGGGGAAGCGCUUUUACUGCCGAGAAUGGGUCUUCCACAAGAUCCAGCAUUGCCUCCAGGAGAAAACCAACAACCUCAGUGGGGUGAGCAGCACUCCCAGUAAACAGCCCCUACCUGUGCCCAGUGGGGGUGUACCCCUCCCUGGUGGGAUCACGACUGGAUCUUCAAAGUCCGGUAGCUCCUGGGGUGUGCUACUAGUGGGAGGACCUGGGAGUGGGAAGACGGCCCUGUGCACGGAGCUGCUGUGGCCCACGUCUGUCCAGGGAACCCACCGCAGCCUGCACAAGCACAGCCUGGCCUUCCAUUUCUGCCGGGCGGACGACUCGGACACGUUGUGUGUCGGCGGAUUCAUCCGAGGUCUGGUGGCGCAGAUAUGCAGAGGUGGGCUGCUGCCGGGAUUUGAGGAAAAGGUCCACGACCCGUCUGUUCAGAGUGCUCUGCAGCCAGGGGAGUGUGAAAGGAACCCUUCAGAAGCUUUCAAAAAGUGUGUCCUUUUGCCUCUGCUGAGCGUUAAGCCACCUCAGCAGUCACUCUUCCUGCUUGUGGACUCUAUUGACGAAGGCUCUCAGCUCGGCGAGGGGGAGCAGAGGUCCUCGCCAGGGUCUCCCAGGACAAUCGCUGAGCUCCUCGCCAGUCACCAUGAGUUCCUGCCUCCUUGGCUGCUGCUCAUCUGCUCUGCACGGAGGCAGAACAAAGCCAUCACCAAACUCUUCACAGGAUUCCGUAAAAUCAGCCUUGAUGAUCUACGGAAGGCUUACAUCGUCAAAGAUGUGCAGCAGUACAUCCUUCACCGGCUGGACCAGGAGGAGGCCUUGAGGCAGCACCUAACCAAGGAGACCGCUGAGAUGCUCAACCAGCUUCACAUCAAAAGCAGCGGCUGUUUCCUCUACCUAGAACGUGUUCUGGACGGUGUGGUGGAGAACUUCAUCAUGCUUCGUGAGAUCCGUGACAUCCCAGGAACUCUCAAUGGGCUCUACCUGUGGCUCUGCCAAAGGCUGUUUGUCAGGAAACAAUUUGCCAAAGUUCAGCCCAUUCUUAAUGUCAUCUUGGCAACUUGCAGGUCACUUACAGUCAAAGAACUGUACCAUGCAGUCUGGACUAAGAACAUGACACUGACCAUGGAGGAGUUUCAGAAAAAGAUGGACAUUCUCUCCAAGUUGUUAGUUGAUGGCCUUGGGUCUACCAAAAUCCUUUUCCACUACAGUUUUGCAGAAUGGUUGCUGGAUGUGAAACACUGCACCCAGAAGUACCUAUGCAAUGCAGCGGAGGGACAUCGAAUGUUGGCCAUGAGUUACACCUGCAGAGCAAAGCAGCUGAAACCUCUGGAAGUGCAAGAAUUUGCUCUGCACCUUGUCAACUCUAACCUGCAGAUGGAGCCUUGUAAUCUCGCUCUUUGGAUGGUCUGGAAUGGAACUCCAACAAAAGACUCUCUGAGCACCUCCAUACCAAGAGAGCAGGAGGUCCUGCAGCUUCUAGUCAAGGCAGGUGCUCAUGUGAACAAUGAGGAUGAUCACGCUUCGUGCAUUGUGCAACAAGCCCUAGAGAGAGAGGACUCGAUAAGAACAUUACUUGACAAUGGGGCUUCUGUGAACCAGUGUGACUCUAAUGGAAGAACUCUUCUGGCCAAUGCUGCCUACAGUGGUAAUCUUGAUGUGGUCAACUUGCUCAUAUCCAGAGGGGCAAACAUGGAGUUGGAAGACAACCACGGACAAACAGCUCUGACUCUUGCUGCCAGGCAGGGUCAUACCAAAGUGGUCAACUGCCUUAUUGGUUGUGAAGCCGAUAUAAACCACACAGAUCAUGACGGAUGGACUGCUCUCCGCUCAGCAGCAUGGGGCGGACACUCUGAGGUCGUGUCCGCUCUUCUUUAUGCUGGAGCCAAAGUGGACUGCGCAGACGCAGAUGGUAGAACCGCACUAAGAGCGGCAGCUUGGGGAGGCCAUGAAGAUAUUGUAUUGAAUCUUCUUCAGCAUGGAGCUGAAGUCAACAAAGCAGACAAUGAAGGAAGAACGGCUCUCAUUGCUGCAGCAUAUAUGGGGCACAGAGAAAUUGUGGAACACCUGCUGGAUCACGGAGCUGAAGUAAAUCAUGAAGAUGUGGAUGGAAGGACUGCACUUUCUGUGGCUGCGCUCUGUAUUCCUGCUAGUAAAGGCCACGCAUCUGUAGUUAGCCUUCUGAUUGAACGGGGAGCAGAGGUCGACCACUGUGACAAAGACUGCAUGACUCCUCUGCUGGUGGCUGGCUAUGAAGGACAUGUGGAUGUAGUUGAUUUGCUCUUGGAGGGUGGAGCUGAUGUGGAUCACACGGACAAAAAUGGCCGCACCCCUCUCCUAGCAGCAGCAUCUAUGGGCCACGCGUCUGUGGUCAACACGCUUCUUUUCUGGGGAGCGGCUGUUGAUAGCAUCGACAGUGAAGGGAGGACAGUGCUGAGCAUCGCCUCUGCUCAGGGAAACGUGGAGGUUGUCAGAACUCUGCUGGACAGAGGUCUGGACGAAAACCACAGGGACGACGCAGGCUGGACCCCGCUACACAUGGCUUCAUUUGAGGGCCACCGCCAAGUGUGCGAUGCUCUGAUUGAACAAGGGGCUCGCUGUUCGGAGGUGGAUAAUGAUGGUAGAAUACCACUGAUACUGGCUGCACAAGAGGGACAUUAUGACUGCGUGCAAAUUCUCCUGGAGAACAAGUCAAACAUCGACCAGAGAGGGUACGAUGGAAGGAACGCACUCAGGGUAGCUGCGCUUGAGGGUCACAGGGACAUUGUUGAACUGCUGCUGAGCCACGGCGCUGAUAUCGAUUGUAAAGACGCAGACGGACGUCCAACGCUAUACAUAAUGGCGCUGGAGAACCAGUUGGCCAUGACUGAGUAUUUCCUCGAAAACGGGGCGAACGUUGAAGCUUGUGACACAGAGGGCAGGACAGCCCUCCACGUAUCCUGCUGGCAGGGGCAUGUUGAGAUGGUGAGGCUGCUCAUCAACUACAAUGCUGAUGUUAACGCCUGUGACAACGAGAAGCGAUCAGCUCUCCAGUCUGCUGCAUGGCAGGGCCACACCAAAGUGGUUCAGUUUUUAAUAGAGAACGGAGCACACGUGGAUCAUACAUGCAACCAGGGAGCAACAGCUCUAGGUAUAGCCGCCCAGGAGGGUCACAUCGACGUUGUGCAGAUACUGUUGGAAAACGGCGCAGAUCCCAACCAUGCUGACCAAUUUGGCCGCACGGCCAUGAGGGUUGCAGCAAAGGGUGGCCAUUCGAUGAUCAUUAAAAUCCUGGAAAAAUACGGAGCUACAACAUUAAACGGGUGUAACCCCUCGCCAGUGCAUACCAUGGAGGAGAAAACCCCUUUGACAGUGACCGGCAAAAUGCAUUCCCUCACCAUUAAAUCCAGUAGUUCUGGCAGCAUCGGCGCAGGGGACAUGCAGUCCUCUGGACGCGGUCUUCCCAACGGACCCGUCCACGCUUUCAGCUCACCUUCCGAGUCUCCAGAUUCCACCGUGGACAGACAGAAAUCGUCCCUGUCUAAUAAUUCCCUCAAGAGUUCAAAAAACUCUUCUUUAAGAACCACGUCGUCUACCGCCACAGCUCAAACCGUACCGAUCGACAGCUUUCAUGGAAUGACGUUUACAGAGCAGAUUCAGCAGCACUCACUGCCUCGGAGCCGGAGCAGACAGUCGAUUGUAUCCCCUUGCUCCACGACAAAGUCUGUCAAUCAGCAGCCGUCCUCUCCAUCCAAUGAAUUUGAAUGGCCUCAGCUGAAGUCGGGUCUAAAGUCUGCAAAGGGAACCAAAACGGGGAACGGCACUCAAAAUAGCAAAGCAGCUCUGGGAGAUAAGAAGAAAUCUAAAAACAGUGGAACCAGCCAAGGUCAGGUUCUGGAAUACGAAAUGACCCAAUUCGACAAGAGAAUGGCUUUCAACCAGACCGUCGCCAACAUCGCAGUGAAGGAUCCUCACUGUAAGAUCAUGAUUGGCAGUUCGGUGCAGCAGGAAAGAGGGCCGUACCAAGACCCGUAUUUCAUCCAGCCACAGAGCUGCUCCGAGAAAAAAAGGAACGGGAUCAUGACCAACCCCAAAUAUCAUCUACAGGGCAAUCAGGUCUUCUUGGGUCGAGUGUCAGUUCCACGGACGGUUCAGAACCAGGGCCACCAGGAUGUCUUAGAGAACUAUCCCAUUGGGGAAACAGAGCUGAGCCUUAAACAAGCCCUGAAGCUGCAAAUUGAAGGAUCAGACCCUGGGUUCAACUACAAAAAGGAGACUCCUUUAUAGCUGAUGCUCUGACCGCCAUCCGUCACGCUGACAUUGGAGAGAAUGUGCCAAAGCAACAGUUUCCAACUGUAUUACAGAAGUACUUUCAUUUUCCCGCCCUGUGGGACGCCAUCAAACAGCCUACGGUGUAUGUAAACUGAUACUUUGUUGUGUCCACAUCUGUUACAGCCUUCUGUUUUCAUAUAAAAAAAUCAUUUUAAUUUAAUGUUAUGCUAUUUAAUAAACAUUGUAUGCACUUUUAAAAGAAUAAACUGACAGACAUACAUGUUUCCUCCCUCAGUUUAUAUCCCAUCCAUGUUUUUUUUUUACUGUUUUAUAGAAACAAAUGGCAAUUCUUUUGUUAUUAUUUUGCAUGACAUUGUACUUUGUUGUUCCAGCAGGUACAUUGUCCCAGUCCAGAGGACUGAACAGUACUGGUUGUCAUUCAUUGCCUUUCUAGAGACCCCACAUAAUCUGUGUUACCUUUGAUCAGAGUGCUAAAACCUUUUUUUUUCUUCUGUGUAACAUGUCAAAAAGCAGUUUACUGGGAUAUAAAGCGUAUUUAUUUUUUAGGAAAACAAGCCACUUUUGUUGCAUUUUUAUUUGUGUUAGGUCGCAUCCUACCAUGGUGCUGUGUUUUAAAAAUUGCCAACAGACAUUUUGGGACUUAUUUUUAUUUUCUUUUUUUGGCUUUUAAUUAUCUAAGCAAGAGGGAGAUUCAUUUAUAAAGUAAAACCAAUUUGAUUUUGUCCCUAUGGGAUUGUUCUGUUUUUAUAUUGUGUGUUUGUGUGUUAUGGUUUUAUGUGCAAGAGUAUUUAAGUAACAGUUGUGUAUCGUCAGCAAGGUUUUGGUGCUAAAUGCAGCGGUUUUGUUAAAAUUUUGCAUUUCUCAGCAGCUCAGCAUAUGUUUUCCAUAUCAUUUUCAGUUAUAUCUUCUGCUGGAUUUUUCAGGGGCAUGACACAAAAAGGGUUCAGCCAUUAAAACGACCCCUAGCUGUUAGUGAUAUUGUUUGAAAUGCAGACUUGUAAAGCCAAAGUUGAAACGGCAUACACUGUCCCACCUCCUCUGUGAGACGCUUUUACGCUGCUCACUGGGACCUAAACCCUAUGGGAGGAGGAGGAGGAAGAGGAGGUGGAGCUUGGUCAGCCAUGACUCUCAGAAGUAAAACAUCUGUUUCUUAUGAACCGAGUGGAGCUGCAUUAGCGUUUACGGGCUGUCAUAUUUUUGCAGGCUUUUCACAAAUUUUAACAGCGAGCUAUGUUUUCCCAAGAGCUGGGAUUUUGGGGGAGUAGAAGACGUAUCGCAUGCACAAACACCUAGAAGCCCCCGGUAAAAGCUCUCUGCUCUUCACUAGCUCAGCGUGCCAUGAAGGGUAAAUGGAUGAAUCGAAGGCAGGAAAACAUGGUGUAUAGUCUUACUCAACAGUUCUCUCGUUGGUCUCGAAACUGUUUUGUUUGUCAACUUUGGUUUGACUCAGUGAUUGGAUUGUAAAUAGCUUAUUGUGUACAUUUAUCUUUCAUUUAAAAUAAUUUCUGUAUUAUAUGAAGCUCAAUUUUCUGAUGUAUAUUAAAGUGCUUAAUAAACAUAUUUGCUUUACUGCUGAAAAA